AGCAAAAACCAAGCUGCGCUCCGGUGCCGACUGUAAGGGAUCCUCUGAAGAGUUAAGAUUCAAAGGGAGCUGGCAAAGGCAAACGUGGACUGAUGAGGAAGAUGGUGGAGAUCUGUUGAAGGUUGGACGCCGGACCUGAAAGCAAUGAUGCGUCCAUUAGCGUGGCUAAUCUGAUGGCAUCGGUGCCCGAGGCCAGAGAAUGGAAACGUAGGCAAAUGCUAUCAGGAUUCAACACCGACGCCCCCGCCCCAAAGUCCAAACAACAAAGUGAGGCUAUAAAAGGAGGCUCCGAGCCGGAAGCUCGGCAGCAAACUGACUUUUAUCCGCAGGGGACGAAUGGAGCAAAAGGAAAACGACACUGCCGCCAUGGCUGCCCGCUACCAACGCUUUGACCCGGCGGCGUAUCUGCAGUACAACUACACUCCACCGCGAGCCGACUUUGACAGAGAGGACAGCAUCGUGCCGUGGAAAUUGGCCCGGCUACACCGAGCCUUCGCCGAAGGCGACAUCGGCGGCGAGCUGCUGGUGGACGUGGGCUCCGGGCCGACCCUCUACCAAGUCCUGAGCGGCUGUGAGGUCUUCGACGAGGUGGUCCUGACUGACUUCCUGGAGUCCAACCGGGAGGAGCUGCGGCGCUGGCUGCGAGACGAGAAGGGCUGCAGCAUGGACUGGACGCCGUACCUGCAGCACGUUUGCAAGCUGGAGGGCCGACGGGCCUCGGCGUGGACAGAGAAGGCGGCCAAGCUCCGCCGGGCCAUCAGCGACAUCCUCCCCAUCGACGUGCACCGUCCGCAGCCUCUGGACCCCCGCAGGUUCCCCCCCGCCAAGGCCGACUGCCUGGUGUCCUGCUUCUGCCUGGAGAGCGUCAGUCCCGACCUGACCGCCUUUACCCGGGCCCUGGGCCACAUCGGCACGCUGCUGCGGCCCGGGGGCCACCUCCUGCUCAUCGGGGCCCUUGGGGAAAGCUUCUACAUGGGGGGGCCCGGCCUGAAGAUCCCCGUGGUGCCGCUGGGCGAGGCGGAGGUGUGCGCCAGUCUGAAGGAGACGGGCUACACCCUGAUCCGGCUGGAGGUUUACACGCUGCCUCAGGACAUGCGAGUGGGGGUGGAUGAUGUGACGGGGGUGUUUUUUGCAAAGGCAAAGAAGGAUUAAACAGAUGGACGAGGAAGAGAUGAGGAGAGUGCUCUUUAUGUUAGAUGGUUACACAUCCCCCCCUGCAGUGCAAAAAUAGGUACUACAGCAAACCCAAAAUCAGCCAUGCUGUGAGUGUUUUAAAAUGAAAUAAUGACUGUGCAUUUCAUUUUGUUCAUAUAGCAAAAGAAAUGUUUGAAAAAAAUACAUCGAUUAACAGUUUAAUGUGUUCAUGUAUUGAAAGUGGACAUACAAAAACAGAUACUCUAUUUAAAAACAAAAUAAGCAAAUGAAAUAUGAAAAGUAUAUUUCUGGAUUUUUUUCUCAAAUAUUAUUACUUUGAUGGAAAAAAUAAAUUAAUUUACUCCGAAUUAUACUGAUGUAUUCAUUUCUGUGUCAUGAAGUGACAUCUCUUGUGUCUUCAUUGUAUUGAAACUCCAUAAAGAGUGAAUUAGCUCUCCGUUUAUUCCAAACGCAAUUCACUGACUAAUAAAGGCACUAGAUGAUA